CUCUGAGGCUUGGUGGUCUGCUUGUGUUCCUCACUAACUUCUCCAGACUGCAGCAUCAUGAUUUUUAUAGUGGACCUGUUGCUGAUGCUCAUCGACCUCACCUACUCCAUCCUAAAUGCCAUCAUCCAGACUUUCCUCCAGCCGAGGCUGAAGUGCAUUGAUGGGGAGCUCUGUUUGAUAACAGGUGCCGGGGGCGCGCUGGGUCGUCUGUUCGCCCUGGAGUUUGCCAAAGAGGGAGCGCGCCUGGUGCUGUGGGACUGCAACACGGCUGCCAAUGAGCAGACUGCCAAGCUGGCCCGGGAGCUGGGAGCUCAGGUGCACACUUUCACAGUGGACCUGUCCAAGCGCCAGAGCAUCUAUGAGACGGCUGGCAGGGUGAGAGAGGAGGUCGGGGAAAUCUCCAUACUGGUCAACAACGCGGGUGUGGUGGCCGGGCGGAGGCUGCUGGAAUGUCCCGAUGAGCUUUUGGAGAGGACGCUGCUGGUGAACUGCCACGCGUUAUUUUGGAUGACGAAGGCCUUCCUGCCUCAGAUGAAAGUAAAGAACCACGGUCACAUUGUAACCGUUGCCAGCGCUCUUGGGCUGUUCAGCACUGCAUGUGUAGAGGAUUACUGUGCCAGUAAAUUUGGAGCUGUUGGUUUCCACGAGUCAUUGACACACGAGCUGGUUGCAGAGGGCCAUGUCGACAUCAAAACCACUUUAGUCUGCCCUUAUAUUGUAGACACAGGAAUGUUUGCAGGCUGUGAAAUCAGGAGGGAGCUUCGGAGUCUUAUUCCACCUCUGGAUCCGCUCUACACUGUUCAGCAGUCCAUGAAAGCCAUUUUAGCCGAACAGCAAAUGAUUUGCAUCCCGCGCCUGAUGUACAUCCCCUACAUUGCACGAGCAUUGCUACCUUGGGAUGCAAACGUGGCAACGUAUCGCUUCAUGGGAGGCGACAAAUGCAUGCUACCUUUCAUCAAGAACGCAGAACUGAAGAGCUGCAACGGCCACAUCAAAUCUUCCUAACACCUCUCUGCCAGCCUGUCUUAAGAUCAUGUUAAAUUAUGGACCAAUGCAGACACCAAAGGGUCAUAGUGUAUAUACUUAAUAUAUGAGUUUAAAAUCUGAAGUGAGAGCCCAAUGUCUGCACUUGUUUAUUUUUACACUGGGCUGAAGUGUAAAAAAUGACUGAAUCACAGCCAGUGAUUGCUUUAUGAAAAGUUAUUGAUUAUAACCUCUACACUGGAGGCCAAGGAGCAGUUAUAAAAAAUCACCAAAUAGUGUACGUAAAGAGACUAAUGAGAACAGAUCUAUACAAGUGCCUCUUUUUAUUCACAUUAACAAACAGUGCAGAAACGAAGACUAGACAGACAAAUCUACGGGAAACAUGCAACAGAAAAAUAUUAAGCGUUAUGUUUGAGCCACAGACUACAGUCUCCAUAACCGUAAAAAGGAAUUCAAACAUACAAAAGAAGCGCUAAAGAAAUCCCCUCCCAUAUGAUUUAGAUGUUCAGCGUUCCACAAUACUGUUGAAAUAUACCUCUGCUGAUGCUGCUGUUACUGAAAUAAACUGAAAUAUUGUUAUCAGACUUUGAUAUCCAACUCCUUGUUAGCUUUGCCACACAGCAAACAGGGCCCAAACACUAACUGGUGUAUCAGUUAAGUUAACUUUUGGUCAUGUCUUUUAAAAA